AUGUGCUGUAGAAGAGUUGUCGAAUAUUUAGUAGUUAAUAUUCUCAUAACUAUCUUUCUAUUUUCACCUAUUCUAACGUUUGCAUGUAUCGUUACUCCGAUAAUUUUACUCUGUGUAUUCAAAUGCUAUUGGUAUUUAUUUAUUGUUUUCGGAGUUUGUGUUCUCUAUGGGUUUUGGCUACUCCUUGAUCAUCGAACGGAUUCGAAAGGAGGUCGGUGGUCGAAUCGACUUCGACGUCUAUGUCUUUGGAAAUACUUUGCACAUUAUUUUCCAUUGAAAUUGGUCAAAACUGAAGAUCUCGAUCCGAAUCGAAACUAUAUUUUUGCUUAUCAUCCGCACGGAGCAUUCUCCUUGAGUGCAUUCGGAAAUUUUGCCACAGAUGCCACACAUUUUUCACACUUAUUUCCCAACAUUCAUCCACAUUUGAUGCUUUUAAAACUGCAAUUUCUGUUUCCGUUUACACGCGAUUUGUUUCUUGCGUUGGGCGCAUGCUGUGUAUCGAAAGCCAGUUGUGAAUAUCUUCUCAGCGGCGAACGUAAUCAUGGAAAUGCGUUAGUAAUCGUUCUAGGCGGUGUACCUGAAAUGCAUGCGACACGACAUGAUACAAUGAUAUUUUACAUCAAACGACGAAGAGGCUUUAUUCGAUUAGCAUUGCAAUAUGGAGCGUCCAUUGUACCUGUCAUUUCAUUUGGCGAAAAUGAACUUUACGAACGACGUACUUGUUUUAAUAUGAUAUCCAAUGGAAUUCCCUACGGUCGAUUGCUUAUUGGACACAUGCCGAUCCGACAUUCGGUGGUCACUGUUGUUGGCAAACCUAUUCAUGUCAAUCAAAAUGUUAAUCCAACUUCGGGCAAUAUUGAUGAACUUCAUCAUCGGUAUAUACAAGAAAUUGAACAACUGUACGAAGAUAACAAACAUAAACAUGGUCUCGGACAUGUCAAUCUCGAAAUCAUUUAG